AUGGCUCGGACUUUCGCGCAGACAGUGGACGUGGUGAGGCAAUCGCCGCUCAUGAAACAGCCUACGGCGGAAGAGGUUCAAGAGGAAGAAUGCUCUGGGAGCUUUGAGGAUGGCUGUGUGGAGGUGGGUGAGACUUUGGGCUCCCUCCGCAUGGAGGCCUUCGAGAUCAGUGAUGCACUCUCGCAGGAGGCCAUGUCAGAAAUGAGGAGCUUCAACUUCUGUCGCUCAGCACGCAAGUCCAUUCUAUUGAGCCUGGGCGUCUCAGAAGGCGCAGCGCCCUCACCCGAGAUGACGCAGGAC